AAUCAAUCGCGAAAUCUUAUACUCUGCACUCCACACUAAGCCAACCCAAUUAUCAACAUGUCAUUAUAAUACCAACCUUAUUACGCCGUGGACUCUUUUAAGAAUUAAAAAAUAAAUAAAAUUCAAAAAUGGAAGGCGAGGUGGUUAAUGAAGAUUUACAAAGAAUAAGCGACAUGCUUGAUUCAGACACACCACCGUCAAAAAAGGAAUUGUUAGACAUGUUGAAUUCAGCUGAAAUAGACGAAGAAGUGCGCGAGAGUUUGCGCAGCAUGCUGACCGGCGACGUGCCACAGGUUUUUGGCGCUUACGGGACGGUGUUAGGGGUGGUUUUUGUGUUCCUCAUAUUCUUUGUGAUGCUAUUCUUCGGCUACAAAUUAUACAAAUCGAUAAAGGAGAAGGAGAAGAAACGAGAAGAGAAGAAAAAGCAGAAACAAAUGAAAAAGAAGAAGUAAAUUACUUUUGAACGUUGGUUCAAUGAAAAUUGUAAUGUCUGAGGUGUUGUUAUUAAGUUUAGAAACAGAUAUUUAUGUAAUGUAAAACGUAUUUGUAUAGAAUAAUGUAUAAACCGUACACAAUACCUGAAUAUAUCAAUAUUUAAGAGUAGAAAUGUACAAAA